GCGCGGCGGGGGCUGCGGCUUCAGGCUCUUACAAGGCAGGAGCAGAACCCUGUGGCACUCCACUCAGACAUCCUAGGGAGUCAGAAUCUGACCAGAUGAAUUUCUAAUGAGCCCAUGAAGGGCUUCCAACUCUCACCUUCUUCUGAAGGUUCACACCUCAUCCCUUUGAGCACCAAUUUCUAAUUUUGCCCUGGGACUGAGAAAACAGCAGGGUGUGUCUGGCAGCUACUCCAGGAAACAUGGCCAAGUUUGCCCUGAAUCAGAACCUGCCCGACCUGGGCGGCCCUCGCCUGUGCCCCGGCCCCACCGCGGGCGCGCGCAGCCCGAGCUCGCCCUACUCCGUGGAGACGCCCUACGGCUUCCACCUGGACCUGGACUUCCUCAAGUACGUGGAGGAGCUGGAGCGCGGCCCCGCCCCCCGCCGCGCCCCGGGCCCCCCGCCUGCGCGCCGCCCCCGUGCACCCCGGGCGGGCCUGGCCGGUGCGCGCAGCCCGGGCGCCUGGACCUCCAGCGAAUCCCUGGCCAGCGACGACGGAGGAGCGUCGGGCGCACUCUCCCCGGGCGCGCCCUCGGGGCUCCUGCUGUCGCCGCGCGUGCCCGCGCGCAACGCGCGCGUCGAGCACACGCUCCUGGAAACUAGCCGGCGGCUGGAGCUGGCGCAGGCGCACGAGCGCGCGCCCAGCCCCGGCCGCGCGGUCCCGCGCAGCCCGCGGGGGUCCGGCCGCAGCAGCCCCGCCCCCAACCCCGCCCCCGCCCCCGCCUCCCCCGGGCCCGCGCAGCUGCAGCUGGUGCGCGAGCAGAUGGCCGCGGCUCUGCGGCGCCUGCGCGAGCUCGAGGAACAGGCGCGCGCGCUGCCCGAGCUGCAGGAGCAGGUGCGCACGCUGCGCGCCGAGAAGGCGCGGCUGCUGGCGGGGCGCGGGCUCCUGGAGCCCGACGCGGAGGCCGAGGCGCGUCCGGACAAGCUAGCUCAGCUGCGGCGGCUCACCGAGCGCCUCGCCACCUCCGAGCGCGGCGUCCGCGCCAGGGCCGGCCCCUGGGCCGACGGCCCCGACGGGCCGGCUUCCAGGCGCGGUGAGGGCGCGCUCGAGGUCCCCGACGCAGCCGGGAUCCCCGACGCGGCGCCGCAGACGCGGGACGCUGGCACCCAGGCGGUGCCGGAGACCCAAGACGCCAGGGCGCAGGCGGAGCCGGAGACCCAGGAGGCCGGCGUGGAAGCGGCCCCCGAGACCCUCGAGUCGGACGCGUGGGUGACCGAGGCGCUGCUGGGGUUGCCCGAGGCCGCCGAGCGCGAGCUGGAGCUGCUCCGCGCCAGCCUGGAGCACCAGCGCGGGGUGAGCGAGCUCCUGCGCUGCCGGCUGCGCGAGCUGGAGGAGGCCCGAGAGGCUGCCGAGGCGGAGGCAGCGGCGGCAGCGGAGGCCCAGCCCCAGCCCCGCGAGGCUGCCACCCAGACCCUGUGGGGUUGUGCCGCGAAGGCCACACAGACCGAGACCCCCGCCGAGGCCUCCGGCCCGAGUCAGGAGAACCCGUCGGGACCCACGGAUGGGGACAGAGCCGUGGCCCCCGCGGGCAUCCUCAAAUCCAUCAUGAAGAGGAGAGAUGGUACCCCCGGCGCCCAGCCCAGCCCCGGACCCAAGAGCCUGCAGUUUGUGGGAGUCCUGAACGGCGAUGGGGACAGCCACGCCCAGCUCUCAGGACGCGAGAACGAGCCCACAGGGAGCCUCUCACCCCGCCCCAGGUACGAGAGCUCGUCCAGCGAGGACGACAGUGACAGCGACAGCGAGGACGGCGCCGCCGAGCCUCCAAGGAGCAGCUCCUCCGGGGACGACAGCGGCAGGGAUGUGGGGGACGACAGUGGCGGGGACGUCCUGGAUCCCGAGCGGGAGCCAGAGCCGGAGGCAGAACCGCAGCCCGGUGCGCAGGGCAGGUGUGAGCUGAGCCCGCGCUUGAGGGAGGCGUGCGCAGCGCUGCAGCGGCAGCUGAGCCGGCCCCGCGGAGUCGCCCGCGACGGCGGCGCCGCACGCCUGGUGGCCCAGGAGUGGUUCCGAGUGUCGAGCCAGCGGCGCUCCCAGGCCGAGGCUGUGGCUGGGGUGCUGGGCGCUGUGGGGCGCCUGGGCCCCGAGCUCCUGGCGCACGUGGUGAACCUGGCCGAUGGCAACGGAAACACAGCCCUGCACUACAGCGUGUCCCACGGGAACCUGGCUAUCUCGAGCUUGCUGCUGGAUACCGGGGUCUGCGACGUUGACCACCAGAACCGGGCUGGCUACUCAGCCCUCAUGCUGGCUGCGCUCACCUCUGUGGGGCGAGAAGAGGACAUGGCUGUGGUUCAGAGACUCUUCCAUCUGGGGAAUGUUAACGCCAAGGCCACCCAGACAGGACAGACAGCCCUCAUGCUGGCCAUCAGCCAUGGCCGCCAGGACAUGGUAGCAGCCCUUCUGUCAUGUGGGGCUGAUGUGAAUGCACAAGACGCAGAUGGGGCCACAGCGCUGAUGUGCGCCAGUGAGUACGGGCGCCUGGACACUGUCCGGUUGCUGCUGGCCCAGCCAGGGUGUGAUCCGGCCCUCCUGGACAAUGAGGGCACCAGUGCCCUGGCCAUUGCCUUGGAGGCUGAGCAGGAUGAGGUGGCUGCUCUGCUGCAUGCCCACCUGACCUCGGGCCAGCCAGAUCCCCUGUCACCUCUUGAGUCCACCCCUGAUGUGCCUGAUGGAGAAUGCAGUGACCAUAGAGAAGACCCCCAGCCUCAGUGACCAGCCUGGCACCUUGGACCUGGAUUGGGAGAAGAGAGUUAGUUCCUUCCACCACCCCAGCCUCUGGGACACAGCAGGGGCCAGGGUUAGUCAUCCAGAUAACUAGCCUUGGGCCCAGAAAAAAGCUUGGAUGACAAGACCCACUUUCAGAAUAAAACAUUACUAACUCAA